AAAGACCCCCAAUAACUUCUUUUACAACUCCAAGCCCGCCAGAAUCAUCACAGACAUGCCUCCCCAACCUGGGAUGUUCGCCCUCCCAUACAGCUCAACGCACAAAGCACGACCCAACGCCCGUACCAUCACAGAGCAUCACGACGGUCCCCAAGACAUAAUGUUUCCAUACCGCGAACCUCCACACCCUUCGGCGCACCAUAUGUCUCAUGGACCAGGCUCAUCGUCUAUGGGAGCUGGACCGUCGAGAGUGCACGAGGAUCCGAAGCGGGAGAAGAGGAAGAGGGAGCCUCAAGGGAUGGGUCGGGUCAAGGAUGUGGUUGAUAUCAGGAGAGAAGAAGCUCGUAUGUAUCAAGAGACGAUCGCAGGUUUACAAAACGUGUCAAUGCAGCUUGCAGCGCGUCCAGAAACAUCACCAGCGUACAACAUUCGCCUAUUGCCUCUUUCGACCGAACGGUCAGCAUUGCUCGCACAAUUUGCGAUAGAGGAAAAGAACGCGAUCGAGAGUACAGAGGCUGCGUAUGAGCUCGAGAGCCAGCGUGUCAAGGAGGAGUGGGAGCGUGGUCACGCGAGGAUACGCGAGAGGUUGCUGGAAGGAAUCGAGGAAAGGAGACGAAGAGCACGGGAGGAGAAGGACGGAGAGGGAGCCGGCGGUGACGCCUCGCUCGACUCCCAGUCUCGCCCUCACAUCACCCGCAAACUCCGCAACAAACUCAACACGUCCCCGCCACCCACGCCCAACUCACACAACAACGGCUCAGGCUCCGCCACCAAAGAUGGCCCCAUCAUCGGUGUCAUAACCAAUCCGCAUUCCCUCUCCAUCGAUGACCUCCCCGCCGCCUUCCCUCUCCCUCUCACCGCCUACACACUCGGCUCGAAUGGGAACAGUGGCGGUGGCGGUGGGAAUAGUCGGAGGAAGGCGAAGGGGGGUGGCGGUUCACAAACGGUGGGACAACUGGGGAAGAGCGUGGCUGGAUUGUCGGCGUGUAAGGAGGCUGAGAUUAAUAGUGACUUGGAUCUCGUUACGAAGGCGAACAAGAGGAGGAGAGCGGCGCCACAAUCGUUAGCCAGCAGGGUGUAGGACAAUGGCUUAUCCAUAUGUAUAACUGGUCACGAUACGUAUCUCGAGUUGUUCUGUACACCGCUGCAUUGUUCUAUCGUCUAGUAUUGUUUUGCUUUUGUUAUUUUCCAUACUGUUUGUUUUUGCCGAAGUCAAAGCCACCUCCACAAGCGCUGCCUCCGCGCCGACACGCUGGCGCGCGUACGUCUGCAUUCCUACUUACAACACCCUAUCCUACCCCUGCUCCCUCACACUCACAUUUCUCAAUCACCCCCUAUAAGUCGGAUCAAGCUCUUCUGUCUUUCCGAAAGAAUCAACCUCUCCUCGAGACCCUGCCACUCGCAGCACCUCACACGGAUCCAAUCCCAAUAUCGCAUGCCAUACUUGAAAUAAAGCGCCCCGAAGAGGAAGCCGCCGAGGUGAGCUGCAUGGGCGAAGAGUCUCCAUCCACAUAACACGCCAAGAACAUCAAACGCCACGAACAUCGCCACCGCAUGCGAAGCUUGCAUAGGGAUAACGAACAACGCCCUCAUCUCUAGGUCCGGAAAUUGAAGCGUUACGUUCGCUAUACAGGCGCAGACCGCGCCGGACAUGCCUAGUGCGCCCUGGGUCAGAUGUAUGAGUGCGGCUUUCGUCUGAGAUCGCAGCGCCUCGGAGUUUGUGGGGUUUUUGGGAGUGGAGGAUUGUUUUGGAUGCGGUGAGUUGAAGAGGCGAGAACGUAGCGUGGUCAGGUAGCGCCAGAUUCUAGUCGUACGAGAUGGUAUAAACUUCUGCGAGGAGAGCUGGGCGAUGAUUCUUGGGUAGUGGAAGGCGGUGAAAAAGAUAUGAUGGCAGAGAGAAGAGAAUACUCCGGCUGCGACGAAGAAUGCCAGGAAAUGGUAGAUUGCAGUAGUUUCCGUGAUCCCAGACUCCGAUUUUCGCCAUUGUUCAUCGUACAUCCAGUAAGUCACGCAAGGCGCAAAACUGAGCAACGUAAGAGAGUUGCAAGCAAGGUGCCACCAUUCCUCAUGGCUGAACACGCUCGUCAAUAGCGUGUACGAGUUCCCACCGACAGGCUGAUGAACGAAAUGAGUGUUCAUCCACUGUUUCAUUCCAGAUCGGGCACCACCCAGGCGCCACGCAACGAAUACCACCGAACACGCAGCGACGAUUCCCCACGCCGUUCUAUACCCAUCGACCAGCGGCAUCGCGUUGGACACCAUAUCGUUUAUUUUCACCCAACUGAGUAUUUCUGAAUAGACACUCCAGAGAUAUGGACGCAUGAAUGCUGGAGCGGCCGAGAUGUAGGUGUCUGCUUGUUUGUACUCUUCGAGAGAUUCUUUUUUAUGAUCGAUCGCUCGGGAAUAGUAUACCAAUAUGGCAGUGCCCAGGGGGCCAGAAUCAUAAUAUCGGCUAGUCAUCCAGGAUGAGACAGAGUUGUUCGUUUGCACUGCGGCUGCGACGAAGCCUACUGUCACGAGGAGUACAGAGAGGACGAUUGGUCUGACGAUUUUAGGUCGUUUGACUUCCUGGAGAAUGGUCUUCAGCUCCUCGGGACUGACAUCGGGGAACUCCUUCGACUCUCCAACCUGGUAUUUCGUACCAAGGGAAGUCUCAUUUCGGAGAGCUCUGGUGAGGCUCAGAUGUCGAGGGUUUAGGGAUGGAGAAUGUGGGCGAAAAAAUGGAGAUGGACGGAAUCCAAGGCGUGAUAUCGAUGUGCCAGUGGUCCGGAGAGAUCGACAGGACAAGAGAUGUGGUUGUAGAUGUACAAAGAGAUUCAUUCUCGGCGAUGGAGAGAUCAGAGGUGCGAUGUUAUACAGUGCUAGUAGAAAAGAACUUCAGAGCAGGUGAGUAGCAAGAUGAGUCGAAAGGAAAGCGCGAUGGUUAGUAGAGCAGUGGACUGAUGGGUAUCGAUGAGUUCAAGAGCAGAGCAGACCGCAGGAUGCAAAGAGCUGUCAGAUCGCCAUGGAAGUCAAGAGUUCAAUACGAGCACAACAGGGUUUAUACCCGCUUGGGGUGGCCGUUCAAGUUACAGU